GCUGGGCUGUGUUUGAUUUCCGAAACACGAGAAAACGCCGUCGGUGCCCUGGCCGCACCGUGUCACUAAUCGAAAUGGGGAAAAGCAAGACCAACAAGUUUAAACGUCCUCAGCUGAACUCAGUCGGACUGCCGGUGACUGCUGUGAAGCCAACCGAAGCGAAUGAAAGUGACCACGACGACAGCAGUUCCGCAGCUGGGGAAUUGCUGGAGAAAUUGCAAAGUCCCAGCGCAGAUGUACGUGAGUUCGCAUGUGCCAGCAUUUCUCGGUUGGUGCAGCAGAGGCAAACCAUCCCCGGCUUUCUAAAGAGGAACGCAGUGAGGCGUUUGGGUCCCAUGCUGCUGGACCGCUGCCUGGCCGUCAGAGAGACUGCCGCUGGGGCACUCAGGAAUCUGAGUGCAUGCGGAGGUUAUGAAGUCUGUGAGGAUAUGGUGAAACAGGACAUCAUGACUCCACUGACAACACUGCUCCGUGAGUGUUGUGCUGGUUUUGAGACCAACGUCGUGCCUGUGAAAGGGCAGAGGAAUACCGUGGAAGAUGUAGCCAAUGAGGCCGUGAACCUACUUUGGAAUUUAUGUGAGAGCAGCAGCCAAGCUUUGUCUGUGUUCAACAAAUCCGGACUUGUGGAUGUGAUGCUCCAGUGCCUUGAGAGACACCCGCAUAACAUGGAGCUGGCCAUUACUGCUGCUCAUUGUUUGCACACGGUGACAGAGGAUAACCCGGAGCUGCUCUGUAGCGUGAACAGCCCUUUGCUGGGAACACUGGAGAGUGUGCUGCUGUCGUCUCAACCAGCCAUGGGUCACGUCCUCCUCAGGACACUGGCUGCAGGAGCAAUAUGGAACAUGAAAAGCAUCCUUCCAGCUGCCCGCCAGGCCCAGACACUCAACACUGUGGUAGCCAUUUUGUCUCAGUGCCUGGAGUUGGAUGCAGGCAAGCUGAUUCCUGAGCUCAAACAAACUGAGGGCGCCCGCUUUGUUGAUGACCAGGGCUUGGCAGACAUGGAGGACCAGGCCAUAGGAGACAUGGUGGGGAUGGAUGAGGAGGAAGUAGAGGAGGAGGGAGCUGGACACACAAAGAAUGGAAAGGCUGUGAACACCAAUAAUGACGUCUCUGAUCUCUUGCCUAGGGGCAAGGAGGAGCUGAGGGACGCGACGGCCUUGCUGACAGCCCAGCAAACGUCCUUGGAGAUCAUCGUCAACCUGUGCUGCUCUGAUGAUCAAUCCGAUGAUGAGUGGGAGGAGACAUCAAGCGGCGAUGAGAGUGAGAUUGUUCCUGAUGGCCUCUGUGAUGACGUCUCCAAUCUAAUGUCCCCCCUGUGUUUGUCUGCAGAGGUGCAUGGGGCCUUAAUACACCAUAGUAUCCCAGAGAAGGUUCUCAAUAAGACCAAGUUCCCAGGCAAGGAGGCCAUUGAUGUGUGCUAUCAGAACCCCUCCUGGAAAUGCUUGAUGAAAAAGAUGCAUUGGGUGCAGUACAGAGCGCUGACCUGCCUGCAUAACAUCCUUUCCACCAUGGACGCUGAUUCACUUGGUGGAGCAGCAGCCCUACAGGGUGUGGCACAGCACCUGUCUACGCUUGUCUUUGGUGCUGAAGAGAUACCAAAGGAGGAGGAGUUCCUCGAGGCAGUUACCAGUGCCAUGCGGUCCCUCCUACAGAUAAUGGCCUCUAGAAAUAUACCCCAGUGCAUGAGUCCCCAACAACUGAUGGGCCUGAGUGAGACAGCCACCUGCUGCAAUGUCGUAAGCGUGAGGGUCAAUGCCUUGGCCAUUUUGGGCAUCACUGGCAGCACAUUGGCUAAAGAAAAAGGCACUUCUGAAAAUCUUCAGAUGAUUGGGAAUGCCUUACUCCAAGUUGCCUCGAAAGAUUCCAACCUUGUUGUGAACGGGGAGGCCCUAGAUGCUCUAUUUGAUGUUUUUGCGGAUGGGGAGGAAGCAGAGAAGGCAGCUCGAAACAUCCAAUUGCUGCCCGCACUGAAGACCCUUCAACCAGUCUUCAAGGCCAAGAUUCGGAAAGAAGGAAAGGGGAAGUACAGCCCGGAGCAGCUAUGCGUUCUAGAUAACAUCAAAAUUAAUUUGAGGAGAUUCAUUGGCUACCUGGAAACAGUGAUGAAAAAAUGAAGGUUUUUCAACAUAUGGUUUUCUGAUUGGCAGAAGCUCAGUGGCUUGUGGUAAAUGGACAGAUAUGCCAAUAGAAACACAAACUGAGUGCGGUUUAUUUAUUACAUUGGUAAUAAAAGAUUUUUCAUUUAACGAUUUGCCGUUUUACUCUAAAUGAAAGUCUUUAUGCAUGCUCAAUAAUCAAGGUAAGAAAAUCAAAGAAAGUUGAAUCAGUUCAUCUAGACACGUUAAUAUUGACAGAUACGUUUCAUCACUCAUCUACCCAAGUGACCUCAACUAACUGCAGGUAUCCCUACCCCUUGUAAACAAUACAGUUGUAUAACGACUGAAACCAAUGAUCAGUUUCAUAUGCAAAUAUGGGUGUGAUCAUUAACUAGUAGAGUUACAGUGCCCAUGUGUACUAUUCAAAGGAUUUGGGAAUAUUUGCAAUCGCAGCAUUGUAAGAUGGCGAUAGAUGUACUCUUGGGCCCCACCUUAGGUUCAAGGAUGGUCGUUCCCUCUUCACAUAGAUGGCCUCUUUGACUCCCUGUGCAAACCAGUAUUCCUCCCUAUCAAGGAUAUGCACAUCCUUAUUCUUGAAAGAGUGGCCACUGGCCUGUAGAUGGGUGUAGACUGCGGAGUCCUGGCCUGACACGUUAGCUCUCCUGUGUUGUGCCAUCCUCUUGGGCAACGCCUGUUACGUUUCCCCGAUGUACUUCACUUUUAGAUGAGUGAUGAAAUAUAUCUGUCAGACGUUGUAUCCAGAUGAACUGAUUCAACUGUCUUUGACUCCAAAUAAAAGAUUUAUUUUAUUUCACUUGUUAAGAAAAAAUAGAGACUAAUAGCAUAUGGGUAUGUUGCAAGAGGACAGUGUGUGCCCCAUGUAAAUUCUUACAUCUGGAUGCUUUUUGUUUUAAUGAAACUGGUUGUUGUCAUGGAAUUUUGCAAAUUCUGAACAUUUUUAAACCCUCAGAAACAUAUUUCAGUGGAACAUUUGUUAAUAGAUGUUUGCUUCCUGUUUUUGAUGACAAUACAAUUCAUGUCCCAUGUUCAAAGUGUCAAGUGUUCAAAUACUUCAGCUCCAGUUUAACGUGGUUAGGUCACGAUGCCGAUUAAGUACCCAUUGCUUAACUUAUCGUGGGUUUUGUUUUUGUUUUUUUUGUCCUAGAACAUAAAACACUACACCUCUGCUUCUCUCCCCUGGAAUCAAUCAUAUGUUGUGGAGGAGUCCGAUCAUGCAAAGAGCCACAAGUGCUUCCUUGGUAAAUUGACUAUCUUCCUGUUAAGUCAUUUACAUUUCCUUUGGUGUUAAACUUUUAGAAGCCACUGCAACCAGGAACACUAUAAAAAGUAAUGUUGGCAGCAGUGGGAUUAGAAAAGGGACAAAAAUAUGAGUGCAGCGGUUACAGCAAUAACCAAACUGCCUUAAACUGUUGACUGUAGAUCAGCGGUGGCUAAGCAUGUGCCAUGGAGAGCCAUGCGUAUGCAGGUUUUCAUUCCAGCCCGACUCCACACCAGCUGAUUUCACCGGCUGGAAUGAAAACCUGCAUACACAUGGCACAUGCUUAGCCACCCCUGCUGUAGUUGAACACCAACUGUGAAUUGGAUGAAACGAUUUAAGCGUUAGUAAGUUUGAGGAUUGUAUUCAAAAGACUUGGCACCAAGACAAUGUGGCCAUAAAAUAAAAUAAAACCGCCAUCUCUUCUGUCCAUGAAUAUAAUUCCUAUAAUAUUCAAAUUAAAAGUGUACUUACCCAUUUUUAAGCAUAGGAGUAGGAUAAAAGGCAAUUUUCAUUGGGUUUUAAGCACAAUUUUUCUCAAUGUGUAGCCUCACUGCGAGUUGAGUUAUAUUUCAUUAUCAAAACGAUCAGCAUUUCAGCCAGUCAGCAAUUUCGAUCAAAAAUGGCAAAGCUGCUCGCCGUUGUAAUACUGAUCGCAAACUUUCUUAGGGUGUUUGAAUGAGUGGUGGUGUUUUUUUUUUUUUUAAUAAAAGCUGUGUCA